AUGAUUAAAAUGACCAGCGUCGUACCAUCUUUCAGCGUUCAAGUUGCACCUUCAAAGUUCAAAGUUAUACCCCAAGACGUGCAGUCUCUGAACAUACUCCUUAUUAUUCAAGAAGAAUCACAGGAGGAUAUCGAGAACUUUACAUACCUCGGUGUUUGUAUCAGCUCUGACGGAAGUGUGUCUGAUGAAACCGGACCAAUCAGUUGGAAAACGCUUGAAACCAGUGGAUACCUCGGUGUUGUAUCAGCUCUGACGGAAGUGUGUCUGAUGAAGUCAGUGCACGGAUGUCAAAGGCCCAACUCAUGUUUGCUAAUUUGCGCCACUUGUGACACCAAAAAGGCAAAUCAUUUGGCCUCAACGGUCGCAUGUAGUGGGCUGAAACGAACGGUGGAGAGACGUGUGUAUCAAGCUACAGUACGGGCUGUUUUGUUGUGUGGCUGUGAGACUUGGCCUGUUCGAGCAGUGGAACUGAGACGUCUUCAGGUGUUCGACAAUCGUUGUCUCAGGACCAUAGCUUGUAUGGGAUGGGGACCGCGUGAUCCUCACUGUGCCUGGUUGGAGACACUACAAGAUAUGGCUGCUAACCGAUGUCAGUGGCGUUCUUGUUGUCAGUUUCUAUCCAGAUCGCCUGAAACUAAGUCCUUCACUGUCCAACUUUAUCCUUUUCUUCAUCAUCCUUUCUUCACCACAAGGCUUUUAAAUAAAUCGUGGUUGUACGGCAGUGAAGCAUCGGUGUUGAAUACUGAUGUCAUGCUGUCGAUGAUGAUGAUGAUGAUGCGCGUCACAGCCUUGCAUCAAACCCAGACAGCGCGAGUCAGCGUUGAUCAAGGACAGACAACGCCUCCGCAAUAUGCAGCACGUCGCUGCCUCGUACUAAAGCCAGACCGCACCAAGUUCAGACAGUGUCCUUCCAAUAAAAAGCUUGAGGCCGUUGUACUUUUCGCACUCGCGCUCUCGGAACCACUUUUUUGGAGUAUAGCUAUUGUGUUCCCUUCCGUGAGCCUUUUUCUCUCCGACACUAGGCACUGGAGCGGGUCAGCAGCAGAUACCACAGGCCGGCGAAUCAGCAGAUAUAACAGCGUCCCAAUGAUCAGCCACACCAGUCUAUUUUCACCUGAUAUUUUCAUUACUUUGAUUGAAUGGAAUUUGAUUGAUUUUUCCAGCUUCAAAGAGAAGUUCAACUCGAAUAGACCAAAUACCCACCGGUUAUCGGAAGAUAAAUGA